CAUUAUUACAUUAACAUUGACAAUAACAAUAUAGGAAGAGGGGUCCUUUUGCUAAGCUCUCAAGUCUCGAUACUUUGUUCCUUCGCCACCAAAAACCUUUUGGUUUUGCGGUCCUCAAUCACACCACCACCACCACCAAUAACCACCAAAACUUUGCUCAAUCUAUUCGUCAAUCAGCUGCGUCAUUUUGAUCUGCUGAAUGAUGGCAUCAAUGGUAGCGAAAGCGAGUACUAGUAGUUGUAGUCAAUUAUCACCAUUGUCUAUUCAAGAGAAAGGAAGUAGGAAUAAGCGGAAAUUUCGGGCUGAUCCACCUACAAGUGACCCUCAUAAGGUCUCUCCCUCAACUACAAAUGAUGGGACGAGUUAUGAAUUCUCAGCUGAGAAAUUUGAGAUGGCAGCUAGUCAUGCACAUCCGCCUAGCCCUUGUGAUGUUUGUGGCGUAUGUCAGGACCGUUCGGAUAAUUUAAAACUUGACCUUGGAUUAUCAAGUGCUUCUUUGGGGGGUUCGUCUGAGGUGGGUUCUAGUCAUCCUAGAGAGGAAGAGGAACAUGACGACUUCCAAGAUGCGGAUUGGAGUGAUCUUACUGAAACUCAGCUGGAGGAGCUUGUUUUGAGCAAUCUUGAUACUAUAUUUAAGAGUGCAAUUAAGAAAAUAGUUGCUUUUGGAUACACCGAAGCCGUUGCCACAAGGGCUGUUUUGAGGUCUGGUCUUUGUUACGGGUCUAAGGAUACUGUAUCAAAUAUCGUGGACAACGCUUUGGUAUUUCUUAGGAAUGGGCAAGAUAUAAGUCCUUUAAGGGAGCAUUGUUUCGAGGAUCUGCAGCAGCUGGAGAAGUAUGUAUUGGCAGAAUUGGUAUGUGUACUCCAAGAGGUUAGACCUUUCUUCAGCACUGGAGAUGCAAUGUGGUGUUUGCUAAUAUGUGACAUGAAUGUGUCACAUGCCUGUGCCAUGGAUAGUGACCCCUUAAGUAGCUUGAUAAGUGAAGGAUCUCCAAAUGACAGUUCAACCAAUCCCCCUCAUUCCCAUUUGAAAGCCGAGUCCAAAAGUGUAGAAAUGAGUCUUCCUAGUCCCUCUAAAGCAGUUCCAAGCAAUGUAAAUCACACUGGCAAGCACAAAGUUGCUGGAGUUCCUAAUCUCACCAAACCAAAGAAUACCAACGUUCCGAAAGGAACAACUUCAGCAAAAGAGCGUUCAACUUCCUCACAAUCUAAUUCCAUAGAUAAGCCUUUCAGUGCUAUAGGUAUAUCACAUACUCUUUCCCCGGAAGAAAAAUCUGUGUCAAGCAGGAAGACACAUUCUGGCAAUUCAAAGAGAGAAUCUAUCCUUCGGCAAAAAUCUAUUCAUCUAGAGAAAAGCUGCAGGUCCUUUGGGGCAAAAGGGUCUUUUAGAACGGCAAAGUUCAGUGGUUACAUCUUGGAUAAAAGAAUCAGACCCACGUCUGAUUCGGCUACCCUUAACAUGAAGAGUGCCUCCUUGAAGAUAAGCAAAGCAAUGGCAAUGGGAUUGGAAUUGGCACAUGAAAAUGGAAGCCUCAGUUUUUCAGCCUGUUCUACAAUUUCCUCCUCUUCACCUUCAUUUACUGUAGAAGCCCGAAGUACCGUGUCCUCAUCACCUGAGACGGAUCAUACUUCAGCGACAUCAGUGGCCAAAACCAAGCCUGAUGUGUCAGCUGCUGAUACUGAACUUUCUCUUUCACUACCAGCAAAAAGUAAUCCUCCUCAAGUGAAUCAAAGCUAUAAUAGUGAGGCUUCUAUCCCUAGUGCUGCUGAUAUACCCUAUGAUAAGUCUCUAGCUCAGUGGGUACCUCAGGAUAAAAUAGAUGAGGUAAUUAUGAAGUUGGUGCCUAGGAUUAGGGAAUUACAACAUCAACUUCAGGAAUGGACAGAGUGGGCAAACCAAAAGGUAAUGCAGGCUGCCCGGAGGCUGAGUAAGGACAAAGCUGAGCUCAAAAAUUUGAGGCAAGAAAAAGAGGAAGUGGAACGUCUCAAAAAGGAGAAACAAAGUUUAGAGGAGAACACCAUGAAGAAGCUUUCUGAGAUGGAGAAUGCAUUGGGUAAGGCUAGUGAAAAGGUUGACCUAGCAAAUGCUGCUGUACGAAGACUCAAGGUGGAGAACGCAUCACUCAGGCAGGAAAUGGAAGAUGCCAAGGUACGUGCAGUUGAGUCUGCUGCAAGUUGUCAGGAGGUCUCAAAGCGAGAGAAGAAGACAUUGAUAAAGUUUCAGACGUGGGAAAAGCAGAAGAGUAUUUUCCAGGAGGAGCUUGCAACCGAGACACGUAAGUUGUCUCAGCUACAGCAGGAACUCGAACAAGCUAAAGAUCUCUAUAACCAGCUUGAGGUCGCUGUUAAAAAUCAGCAAUUCUAAUUAGAAAAUCUGUGCCUGGGAGCAUUAUUACCCAACCCCUUUCCCUCUGCAAACCACAUUCUGGAACAUGCAAACUGCAAUAUGGUUACCUUGGGUUCCAGUUCUUUGUCGUCCAGUCCAACAAGCUGCUACAUACACUUCCAUACUUAUUCCUAGCUCCUAAAGGCAUGAUGUUGCUUGUGACACUCUGAAAUCAUUCCUAUUGCUUACGCUUUGUAAGAGUUUUUCUGGUUCUGUAUCCUAAAAGUUGGUUAAGCUUUAUAGAUCUUCAGAUUAGUGUAACAAAGUUGAUGUAAUCAAUUCAUCAUGACACUUGGCAGAUGCAUUUGUCAUCUAAUAAUCAGUGCAAUCUAUGUGCGCAAGUUUCUUUGUUGUCAUCAUUAGCAGCUUCAUGCUCUUGUUGGGCUCCAUUAUCCCCCUCACAUUCUUUGUUAUGGAAGUGCGCUUACGUCUAGAAGAAUAGACAUGUCCCUGCUUCUUGACUUCAUUCUGUCAGCAUAUGUUUAAGAAGUUUGCAGCUCUUGGAGGAUCUGUGUGAUUGUAAAUACCUAGUCUUAGAUUUGAUUAGUAUUUUACUGGUGAAAUUUGAAGCCUUUGGGUUUCAGAUCUUGUUCAGAUUUACGUUUCUAAGGACUUGCUUCGUAAAUGGACAAACACAAAAGGAAUCUUUCAGUACAUCAUCAUCUGGAGAAGUCAACAAUCAUAGUAUACGUCGAUAUGUUCUCUGUUGCUUAAAAUCUCUUGUUUUAUACUUCACUGUAUCAUUAUUUUUACCUUGAGCUUUCUGAAUUCUGAUAGCCCGAGUGUACAAUAU